GACCUCUAUCUAGCUCCUGAUUGUGAUUCUGUGCCCUAGACGCUUUCUUUUCUUGCGUACUCUCUGUAGUCACCACUAUAAAAUCUGCUUAGGCACAAAAUAAAUAUAAAGAUCCAAGAUGGGCAAACCCCGCAUGAUAAUACUGAUCCGCCAUGCCCAGUCGGAAGGAAACAAAAAUCGCGACAUUCACCAGUUCAUUCCUGAUCACAGAGUGAAGCUCACACAGCAUGGGUGGACCCAGGCGGAUGAAGCAGGACGAAAGCUACGAGCCCUCCUCAAACCAGAUGACACCAUCCAGUUCUUUACCUCUCCCUAUCGCCGUACACGCGAAACUACCGAAGGCAUACUACGGACGCUAGUCUCAGACGACCCCACGCCCUCCCCGUUCCAGCGCAGCAAUAUCAAGGUGUACGAAGAGCCCAGGCUGCGAGAGCAAGACUUUGGCAACUUUCAGCCAUGUUCGGCAGAGAUGGAAAGGAUGUGGCAGGAGCGCGCAGACUAUGGCCACUUCUUCUACCGUAUUCCUGACGGCGAGAGUGCUGCAGACGCCUAUGACCGCGUCAGUGGCUUCAAUGAGAGCCUGUGGAGGCAGUUUGGGGACGAUGACUUUCCCAGCGUGUGUGUAUUAGUCACGCAUGGCUUGAUGUCUCGAGUCUUUCUCAUGAAGUGGUACCACUGGUCAGUCGAGUACUUUGAAGACCUCCGCAACGUCAACCACUGCGAAUUCAUCAUCAUGAAGCGGUCUGACGCCAACGCAAAGUACAUCCUUCAGAAUGAACUAAGAACCUGGUCAGAGCUGAAGAGAAGAGCUGCCGCAUCAGGCGCAGGAAACAUAUCUGCGACUACACCGAGUAGAUCCACACCAGUCAAUACCGUAGGAUCAUCAACUGCAACAUCAUCUCCUGUAAUACCUGUCCGGCGCUGGGGAGGAUGUGUAAACGGUUGCGAUCACGACAAAGUACACUGGCCUCGUCGGGCAAUGCGUAAAAACACCGCCGACUUCUUUGGCAGCCAACAACAGCAACAACAACUACCCCCACCCGCCGUAGCAGACGACGAACAGGAAGACCCAGUCACGCCACAAGAUGAAGACACGCCCAUCAUCAAAGAACCCGUGCCCGCCAAACUAUCCCGCAAAAGCAGCGCCAAAAACAUCCCAGCAACAGCUAUGCCACAAACCCCAGCCUCUCCCAACGAUGCCUCAAACGACGCCACAAGCAGCGAAGAAGAUAAGCAGCGAUCACAGCCGACUCUCAAAACUGCUGCCGUCCUGCGACACCUGCAAUCUGCCGAGCGCGGUCACGGCGACGGCCUUUCCGACGACUCAGACUAUUUUCCAGGAAUGCAUCAUCAACAAACGACUUCUGGAAAGUCGCGUCUCCGCGCUAGUUCGAAACAACGACACCAUAGCAAGGAACGAAAGUUGCACAAGCGAAUGACGGAGCAGAGUUGGAAAGAGGAGAGCGGUAUGGGGAGUGGGACAAGGACUGACAGGCUGGGUGACGGAGAUGGAACGAGUGAUGAGGUAAGGAAGGGUGGAGAGGGGGAUAUCUUGAGGGAAGCGUUGAAGGGGGAUAUGAUUGUCGAAAAGUCUGAAGAGGAUGGUGACGAGGAGGACGAGGGACUUGACGUUGGGGAUAUGACUGAGAAAGAGGUGGAGAGGUUGAAGGAGGCUGAGAAGAAGGGGUUUGGAGAGGUGUAUUGAUAUUUACUGACUGGAAUGUAGAGAUAUAUUACAUUGAGUCUCUGGGUAUCCGUUCAAAAGGCACUCUAGAAGAUCAAGCGGCACACAAGCACUGUGUCAUUGAACUCCGCUGAUGUAGAUCCCACUGUGCAGGUCAGUCUGCCGGUAAUGAUGUGUAUCUCCGUCUACCCAAUUACGAUCAGCAUGCACAUAGCAACCCCAAGGAUCUGGUAACAGGUAUCUACACCGGAGACGAGUGUUUUGACGAGCCGAGAGCUAGAAAACGUGUUCGAUGAGGCAUAUUAGAACCAGCUGAGUUUCGACACGUCGUACAGAAACUUCCCAGGCGUAUCCUGCAUCUGCGGGGCGGAAAGUGGAUGUGUCUAGACACGAACGAUAU